ACACGAUGGGAAUAAAGUUGUAUUAUCACAAAACUAAAAUUGUCCAAGAUGAUUGCAGAAGGGAAUUGAACGGGAAGGCUUCCUUCAUCAUGUGACACAAAGAGUCCUGACUCCUUAUUGGUUCUGAUCUGCUUCAUAUUGAACUCUGUGUGAAGUUCACGGGAAGGUUGGACUCUGGUUAUUUGUGGCACUGAUCUCACAAUGCGGGCCUUUUUUCCUUUGUUUGUUCUGGCAACUCCAGAGAUUUGCCAUCAUGUGCUCUAACGAAUCAAGCGGGAGCAAUUAAUGGUGAAUAUGGAAGGAAGGGAAGGGAAUAUGAGUAAUUAGCAGCCCAAACACAGGAUUAACUGUCAUCUUCCCCUGGGGGGCCAGACCCAAAUAUCAAUAAUGAAGCCCCCAAAAGACAAACGUUGUUGUUAUUUUUCUACAGUUGCGCAAUUUCCUAGCCCAAUUCGGCAAAAACAGACGCUGAUGAAGUGAAACCAUCCGAGAAGAAACGUUCCAUCAUUUUUCUCCCCCCUCAAAGAUGAAACGGUUGAAAUAAAGUAGUUGAUGAAGGCAGGACAAGAUGGAGUCCGUCUUUGUCCAAUCUUUUGGUGAUGAAUGUGCAGCUGAAAAUCUCGCUGACGCGGCUUAAAAGUGACCCGCCGUGCUCGGCAUUUUCAUUUCACCUUCCUCGCCAGCAGACAAGCACCUUGGCCGCCCGGGAUGGCGCUAAAAACGUAGCUAAAAUAUGAUUGUCAAACCAGAUAACAAAGGCAACGCAUGCACCAUGUCCGAGUACAACCGUCUGAAGAGCCUGCUGCUGGACAUGACGGCCCCGCCCGGGAACAGCAGCCAGCCGACCCAGCAGGGGGACAUGGAGGCCAGGAGGGUGCUGGUGGACACCAUGUUCAAGUACCUGGACGUCAACCGGGACGCACGACUGGUUGGGGAGGAGCUGGAGAAGAUCUCCAUGAAGGAGCGCCUGGAUGAAGGUGUGCUGCGGUGCGCCAUGCGGGACCUGCUGCGCUACGACGACUACAACAACGACGGACACCUCAGCCUGCACGAGUUCUACACCGCUUUCCAGGUUGUCCGGCUGAGCCUGGCGGAGGACCAGCGAGUCAGCGUCUCCACGGUGACGGUGGGCCUCAGCGCCGUCCUCACCUGCGCCAUCCAGGGCACCCUGCGGCCGCCCGUCAUCUGGAAGAGGAACGGCAUCGUGCUCAACUUCCUGGACCUGGAAGACAUCAAUGACUUUGGGGACGAUGGCUCGCUCUACAUCACCAAGGUGACGACCAUCCACAUGGGGAACUACAGUUGCCACGCCUACGGAUACGAGGACCUCUUCCAGACGCACGUGCUGCAGGUCAAUGUCCCUCCGGUGAUCCUGGUCUACCCAGAGACGCAGGCCCAGGAGCCCGGUGUGUCUGCCAGUCUGCACUGCCACGCCGACGGCAUCCCGGAUCCCAAGCUGCAGUGGCUGAAGAACGGCGUGGAGCUUCAGCCGCGCUCGUCCAAGCAGCUUUCGCUCAUAGCAAACGGCAGCGAGCUCUUCAUCGGCAGCGUCCGCUACGAGGACACGGGCGCCUACACCUGCAUCGCCAAGAACGAGGUGGGCGUGGACGAGGACAUCUCCUCCCUCUUCGUGGAGGACUCGGCCAAGAAGACGCUUGCCAACAUUCUAUGGAGAGAGGAAGGUUUGAGCGUGGGCAACAUGUUCUACGUGUUCUCGGACGAGGGCGUCACGGCGCUGCAGCCCGGCCAGUGUGAGAUCCACCGACAGAUGAAGAGGACGGAGAGGAUCGCGGCGACAUACGAGGAGAUGUGCCCUAAAGGUGAGGGUCCGGCCCCCCAGCGCUGCGUGUGGUCGUCGGCGGUGAACGUGCGGGACAAGUACAUCUACGUGACCCAGCCCCUCCAGAGCCGCCUCCUGGUGGUGGACGUCCAGGCGCAGCGGGUGGUGCAGGCCAUCGCCACGGACCCCUUUCCAGUCAAGCUGCUCUACGACAAGUCACAUGACCAGGUGUGGGCGCUGACGUGGGGCGACAUGGACAGGACCCGCCCCACCCUGCAGGUGAUUCCUCAAGCCAGCGUGGGAGAAGUCCAUCACGCCAUGCGGACCACCUUCCAGCGAGUCAGCGACUUCUUCAUUCCGCCAACCAACCUCAUCAUCACUCACGUGAGGUUCGCCUUCGUCUUCCUGAAAGAUGAACCGGCCGUCCACAAGGUGGACCUGGAGACCUUCCACCGCGUCAAGACCAUAAGCUUGAAGAACUACAGCUGCGUCCCGACCAGCAUGGCCUACACGCACCUGAGCGGCGUCUACUUCGUCCAGUGCCAGACCAGAGGGCGGCGACGGGCUCCGCCCCUGCUCCUCAUCGACAGCGUGACGGACGCGGUCAUCGGGCCCAACGUCGCCGGCGUCGGCGCCUUUGUGUCGCCGGACGGCCGCCACAUCGUGACGCCCGACCCCGGCAGCGCCAAGCUGAGAGUACAGACGGUGUCUUUCCAAGGAGAGAUGAGCCUGACACAGGAAGUGGACGACCCGGUCGCCGUCUCGGACUUGGUUUUCCAGCCGUCCUUCGCCGAGUCCAACAGGUACGUGGCGGUGGCCUCCUCGGACUCCACCACAGACCUGCUGUUCGCCGACCUGUCCUCGGGUCGCACUGAGGUUCUCCGGGGCCUCAAGGAGCCCCUCGGCCCUCCUGCCUGGCCCUGGGGGGGCCCCUACCGAGUGGUGGUCUCCAGCGGCUUGUUCGGACAGUACCUCCUGACGCCGUCGGCCGAGUCGCUCUUUAUCCUGAACGGCGAACAAAGAACGCCGCACUGCGAGGUGUCAGACAUCAAGAGAGGGAACACGGUGGUCUGGGUGGGCGAGGUAUGAGUCCGGAAAGAAAAAAGGUCCGAGUAGUUGGGAUUGUUCUCCAGAUGGAUGUGAUUGUGGACUCAAACGAGGAGCGUAACAAGUUUGGUUUAUGUAUUAGAAAAAAGAAUGGAAUCAAUAUAAGAGCCCUUGUUGUGAUGUUCCUGCUGGGAGAACGCGUCAAUGGCGUCCAGUGCAACCAUUAUUAUUGCACUUCCUUCCAUCCUGUCACAGCAAGUAGGUACCUGGUUGCCCCCUGGUUGCCCCGGGUUACCAAACAGCAAACUAUGCACAAUGCUCACUUUUUUAGAUGAAAAAAGCUUUCCGAUUGUUUUGUUGGUCGUCUUCACUCGUGCUGCGUACGAUAGCCACCUCGUGUCCACCGUCUGUCCUGUCUGUGUCGUAUCCACAUGCCCUGAUAGCUUUCAUGCCCCCCCCAAAAGAGCCCGACUGGCCCGGUCUUUGUUCGGUCACAGAAGAAAACUAACCAGCAAACGGCAACAUCUUGUCUUUCGCCGUGUCAUCACGCCGCCUCACCCAAAGUGGACGCUACCAUCGCUCCACCGGGGGUGUCCAAAGGCCGGUCUGCAGGGCCACAAAACCCACAAAAAUCUAACAAGAAAAAGUUGUCAUUUUUCAAGGAUCUUUAUGAGUUGUAUAAAGUUGAAAUACUGGGAUUAGUCCAGUGUGGAAGGAAUCCAGUCCUGUAGCGUUCACUGUGGGAACAGAACUGGAGGAGUCCACUGGUGUGUGGGGUUGUCCUUCCUUCCUGAUCAGUUUGUCCAUCCGGUUUAUGUCUUCUUGCUAGUGCUGCCGAUGGAUGAAGUAGCACGUUUUCAAUGUGAAGAAGCAAGAAGAAAUCUGAAAUGCUUGGAAAAUACCAAGAUCGUUUUUCACUACGUGACCCCCAAGACUUUGGACACCCCUGCACUUGGCUGUCUGACCGGCUGUGAGUAUUUGUACCACGGGUAUCCAAAGCAGGCGGAAGGUACUGCUAGCUUUCUAGUACACGUCGAUACGUGUACGAUACAUAAACGCUGUGCAUAUGUUAGCAAACAUCGCGAAAUACGCCGCACACAAAAGGCUACACAACAACCCACAAAAGACAAAAGGAGGUUAUGCUAAUGCUAAUGCUAAUGAAAUAACGCUUGCUUUUCUGAUCAUAAUAAACCACGGAUUGUCGUAGGUUGGACGAUCUCUUUCUAACUACCCAAAUAUUCCAGUCAGGAAUAAAGAAUACUCCUUUGCUAGCAACAAACCCCCAUCAAGAAAUACUCACAAUAAUUCGACUCGUACUGGCGCGAAGUACUCAUAAUCAUUCAACUCGUACUGGCUCCAAGUACUCACAAUCAUUCGACUCCUAUGGCUCCAAAUACUCGCAAUCAUUCGACUCGUACCAGCUCCAAGUACUCACAAUCAUUCGACUCAUACCUAGCUCCAAGUACUCACAAUCAUUCGACUCGUACCGGUUCCAAGUACUCACAAUCAUUCGACUCGUACCGGUUCCAAGUACUCACAAUCAUUCGACUCGUACCGGCUCCAAGUACUCAUAAUCAAUCGACUCGUACCGGUUCCAAGUACUCACAAUCAUUCGACUCGUACCGGCUCCAAGUACUCAUAAUCAAUCGACUCGUACCGGCUCCAAAUACUCGCAAUCAUUCGAGUCGUACCGGUUCCAAAUACAACAGCAGCUGUCGUUGUUUCGUUUUCCUGUGGACAAGAUGAACGAGUCAUGUGAUUUCGUAACAUCGUGGGCGGUUCACUGACAGCGAUGGUUUUUCUUCGCCCGCCGUUGACCUGCGGCGACAUCCGGCGGCCCGUUCUUGACCGAGUCGGUUUGGCUCCGGAACCCGCCUUGAGGCGUGCAUGCGACGCCUCAGAUACCUUUCGUGGUCACAGUUUAUCGUGUCUCGUCACGGUUGUCGCUUUGACCUCGCCCGCCGCGUCCGCCGACCGACCGCGUGAGCUCGCUCGCUAGUCAGCUCCCUGGCCGACAUGUGCGAACACAGUGGGUGUGGUCAGGGAAAUGUUGUAGAUAACAUUGUUCAUGUUUAGGUCACAUGACUGUACAGUUUUCGGUAUGCAUUUUGUGUCUUCUGGUUUACCAGGAAAUUGUUUUUGGUAAGAAAAAAGAUGAAUAAAAGAC